AUGAGGUCUCGGCUGUCCAUCCUCGCCCUCGCGGGUACUCUCCUCCGUUCGUCGGUGGCCCAAUUCCCUCCAACGCCUGAAGGAGUCACGGUGUUGAAAUCCAAAUUCGGUGAAGGUAUCGAAAUCAGCUACAAAGAGAAGGGGUCAAGUCCCACGCUGGAUACAUCAAGCUUCCACCCGGGACACUCGAAGGGGUCGGCCAAGAGCAAGAUUAUGAGAUCAACACGUUCUUCUGUGAGUGGUCAUGGAACAACAAAGGUGAGAAUUCAAAUCUGGAGUUUUCGCCGCUCACACGUUCCAGUCAACAUGUUGUACAUCGAUCAACCAGUUCAAGUUGGUUUCUCGUAUGACUCGCUGCGAAAUGUCACCAGAAACCUUCUUGGAGGCACCCAGACUCUCAAUGUAUCAAGCCCCAUCCCAUCGCAAAAUGUGACCUUCCAAACGGGGACUCUGGCCAGCGGAAACAGGAACACCACCAGCUGGGGAAGUCGCAACGCUGCUAUUGCUCUGUGGCACUUCUCCCAGGUCUGGUUCCAGGAGUUCCCCGGCUAUCACCCCAACGAUGGCCGCAUUAGCAUCGCAACACAAUCUUACGGUGGCCGAUACGGCCCCGCAUUUGCUGCUUACUUCCAAGAGCAGAAUGAGAAAAUCAGGAAUGGCACCUGGGAGGGCACUGAAGGCGAAAAGUACAUCUUGGACAUGGACACUCUUCUCAUCGUCAAUGGGUGCAUCGACAGACAGGUUCAGUGGCCGUCGUAUCCGGAAAUGGCAUUCAACAACACGUAUGGUAUCGAAACGGUCAACGAGACGGUAUACCGAGGCAUGAUUGAUGCUUACUACAGCGAGGGUGGCUGCCGAGAUCAAAUUGACGCUUGUCGGGAGGUGUCAGCAGUCUACGAUCCAGAGAACAUCGGCAUCAACGCCACAGUCAACAGAAUCUGCGAGGCAGCUGAGACGUACUGCAGCAGAUACAUCCGCGACCCAUAUCUUAACGUUGCCGGUCGCGACUACUACGAUGUCACCCAAGUUGACCCGACUCUGUUUCCGCCCCCGUUCACUGCCGGCUACCUCAACCAGCCAUAUGUGCAGUCCGCCCUCGGUGUGCCACUGAACUGGACAGGCAGCUCCAGCGCGUCUGCAUCUGCAUUCCGUGGCAUCGGAGACUACCCCCGCCCUGGCUGGAUUGAAGACAUUGCCUAUCUGCUGCACAAUGGCGUCAAGGUCUCGCUCAUGUACGGUGAUCGGGAUUUCGCAUGCAAUUGGAUCGGGGGCGAGGAGGUCGCGCUUGCGAUUCCCUGGGCGGACCAGGAGAACUUUGCUGCGGCGGGCUACGAACCUCUCCAGACGAACUGCACCUACGAGGGCGGCCAGGUCCGGCAAUACGGAAAUCUGUCCUAUAUCCGAGUAUAUCAGGCCGGUCACGCCGUUCCGUCAUACCAGCCCGAGUCGGCGUACCGCAUUUUCAACCGUGCUCUUUUCAACAAGGACAUUGCUACUGGGCGCAUCGACACAGCGACAAAUCAGACCUACAGCACGCAGGGACCUGCUGAUACGUUUGGCAUCAAGAAUGAGAUUCCGCCCCAGUACGAAGACUUUUGCUACAUCCUCGACACAAGCACGUGUAGCUCCGAGCAGAUUGCAGCACUCCGUGCGGGAACUGCCGUUAUCGAAAACUACAUCAUGAUUGAGCCCGCUAGCGAGCAAGGAGCUGCCUUGGGAAUCAAGGCAAGAGACAUGUAA